AUGCUAUCACAAGAAUCCUAUGUUCAUAAUUUAUUUUUAGGACUGACGUGCAUUGUUCCGAUGUAUUUGGCUGAAACGUCACCAACAAAUUUACGUGGAAUGUUAGGUUCACUUCAUCAGCUGCUUGUCACCAUCGCGAUUUUGGUUUCUCAGAUACUUGGCUUACCGUACAUCCUUGGUAAUACUGACCGAUGGCCUCUCAUUUUCGCAUUCACUGUCGUACCAUCAGUGUUGCAAGUGAUCACAUUGCCUGUGAGUUGCUUGGACUUUAACGUCGUAGGCUACAAAAGGUAUGAGGUAUGUCUAGGUGAGUGCCGAGAUCGAAAUGUUCCGUGA